GGAAGAAACAUAUUUUUUCUCGCAAGAUUUUGGAAGGGGAUCUUGUCGUAGUAAAGAGGGUGUCUGCUGAACGGCAAGAGGAAUAUCUUGCAGCUAUUGAGGCGAGAGAAAUGCCGACAGUGAAUCAUUGGAGGGACAUCUUAAGAGGUUACCACUUGGAUAACAAUGCCCCGCCACCUUGGUUGCAACAGAAGCGGAAAAAUAAUCCAAAUGAUGUUGCUGCAAGUUCCUCUUCCAAUCCCCGGCCACUUAUAAGCGUGACAGUAUCAGGCACACGUUUAAAUGCAAGGAAGGAGGGUACUGACAUUUUGGUUGAUAGGAACUCAGAGGAACCUAGUCCAAAUGCAACAAUCUCUUCCGGUGGGGAGGAAAGACCUGCUGUAAAAAGGAAGAUUGAAAUUUCUCUUGGAGAAAGCCCAUGUAAUCUUGACGAGUUGGUUGAUUUUAUGCAUGAACUUGAUGAUACAGGGACUGAUGAUAAU